AUGAAGACUGCCAACAGCCACAACGGCGUGGGUCACGGCCUCGAAGAAAAAGAAGCUGUUCAGCAUGUCGAUCUUUGCCAGAAGUACUGCACAAGCAGCUAUAAGGUCCAUGAAAGUGAUAAUGUUGAGAACGCGAAUGACGUUCAGGAUCACGUACCCUGGACCGGCCAGGGAUUCACGCAAAUGAGCCAUCAUAACUGA